AACAUAUCCGACAUUAACCAUUUAUCCAGUUCCAUUUUUCUCCAAUACCGAAACGAGGGACAAAAAAUGGCUCCAAUAUCUCCACUUUUCUCCGCCGCCGUAUAUGCGGUGCUUCUCUUGUCGUCAGCCGCCUUAGCCCACGACACAGAGGGAGGCGGAGGAGAUCUCCUUACGACGAUGAUCGGCGUUCAGGGUAUAAUCUACUGCAAGCGAGGGUCUAAGCUCAACCCCAUUCAAGGAGCGGUGGCGAGGGUAACGUGCGAGACAAGGGACAAGUACGGAUACGAGGCGGAGGAGGUGACGGUGCUGAGCCAAGCGACAGACGAAAAGGGAUAUUUCAUGGUGACGCUGUCACCGUCGGAAGUGAGGGAGGAGGUGAAGGUGAAAGAGUGCAGAUCGUUCUUGGAGCUGUCUCCGCUCGAUGGCUGCGAGGUUCCGACAGAGAUCAACCGCGGUGUCAGUGGAUCCAUUCUCUCUUCCUAUCGACUCCUCCUCUCCGGCCACAGCCCUCCGUUCAAGCUCUUCACUGUCGGCCCUUUCGUUUUCGCUCUCGAGGAAACGCAUGACAAAUCCAUCCCCAACGGCUACUAAGAUCGAAGAAAAAAGAAAUGAACUUUGCAACAUACGUAUCGAGUUAAAGUUUCUUUUUAAAUUAUUAUUAUUAUUAAUGAUGUUUUUUAAUUAAAAACAGCGUAAAAGAUGUAAUGAAAAUCUUUUAUAUGGGUAUGUAUACGAAUACAUUUCCUAAAUCUCAUAAACCGUC